AACAACCCACAAGGGGGCGCACACGCAUUAAAACGCGGCUGUGCUGCACAUCAUUCCUUGCACAUAUUCCGACUCGAGAGGCUCCAGGUGGCAGCUCGCUGCUCUUUGAUUCAUGGUUUAUUUCCGUGCUUGUCACUUUGGGUGCUCGGGGCUUUUAUUGGAGUUGAAAUAGUCACGCUUUAAAAAAGCACACGUAAACACAUAUGAGACCAAAUAGAUGAAGAGAAGAAGGAGAAGAAGGUGUCUUGUUGUCUAAACAACUGAGGGAAGAGGAGAGGUGGAGCUGCUGCCUGCGGUUUAAGGAAAAGAGGAAGCGCAGACCUCAGACCAGCCCAACUCUCCUCCUGAGCACGAUGUCUGUGGACAAUCUGACCGUGGACCUGCGCACUCGGGCUCCCUCCCUCGUCACUACGAGUUACACCAACUGGGACUGAGACCAGAGGAAACCGUGUCGAGCCAGGAGCGCACGCCCGGACACAUCCACACAGCCGAGCAGGGUGAGGGCACGGACGGUCCGAUAACGAGGGACUGAAAUCCUGGGGAGGCUAGUAGCGCCCACGGAGGGGUUAAUGGUCGUUUUUCAGCGGGAGGCAACGGAAGCGAGCGGCCCCGCAGGAGGAGUAUUACGUGUAGCUCGUUUCCAACAUUUUCUAUUAUUGGCAGCGGGAGCGAGCUCUCGGAGGCACAUUUAUAACGAGAACUAGCGGAAUGUAAUGCUAGCAGGCUAGCUCAUGUUAGCUAGCUAAUUAGCUUGUCAGGCAUCCAAGAGUCUUCAUUAAAAUAGGUCACGGUUUGGCGUCGUCUUACUUUUUGGAAAACGCUGCACUUAACGUGCUUUGUCCACGGUCCUGGCGGGGUCACGAUGGUGUGUCUAGGAUAAGGCUAAGUUAGACAAUAAACAGUGCACGCUGCAGAAAUUGAUUAAAACCUGUUCCAUAUUCUCCGUGUGCGCGUCUUGGGAAAAGCCAGAUUCAUUGUGAACGUCGAGGUGUGGACAAAUCCACAGGAGAAGACAACGAGACUUUUGACUGGGGACUGCCUGCCGUCCGAUGUUAAUGUCGACCGACGUUGCAUCUAUCAUGCUGCCCGUUAGUCGGGGGAUAAUGGACCUGGAAAGAGACAUGGACCCAGCAGCCGGACCCCAUGCGAGCGCGGCCGGGGGAGCAGCAGCUGUCCGGGGAAUGAAGCGAGGAGAUCCGGAGCCCGACGCUCAGACAGCCGCUGCCCUCACCGACCUAGCCGGGGGGGAGUGCAAGAGACCACGGAUAGAUGGGACCAGGAGCGUUGUCGGUGACAUCGGCCAGAACAAUGAGCCUUUAAACCCCGGUUUCCAUGGAUACCCACCUCACAGCCAGGCUCAGGAUUCGACAGGAGGACAGGAGGGGUUGGUUGCCCCACCCUUCACAGCCUUCCCCCCUCCACCUCCUCCUCAAAACGGCCUCCCAGGGUCGGAGUUUGGCCCAGGGACCAUGUUUGGCGCUGGGGGCCAGGGUACAGCAGAGGUGGGGGCUGGUGCUAACGGAGCCCCCCCCACUACCACCACCAGUAACAAUGGAAAGACAGAGGAGGCAUCCCAGGGUGAGGCGGGUGUGCAGUGCGGCACAGGGGGCACAGGAGCAGGAGGCUCUGCAGGAGACUCCACAGAGGCCAAAGGGACCCCCAAACGCCUCCACGUCUCAAACAUCCCCUUCCGCUUCCGGGACCCUGACCUCAGGCAGAUGUUUGGGCAAUUUGGGAAGAUCCUGGAUGUAGAGAUAAUUUUUAAUGAGAGGGGUUCAAAGGGGUUUGGCUUUGUGACAUUUGAGAACAGCGCAGACGCAGAGAAAGCCAGGGAAAAGCUUCACGGCACUCUGGUGGAAGGUCGUAAGAUUGAGGUGAAUAACGCCACCGCCAGGGUGAUGACUAACAAGAAAAUGGUCAGCCCCUACCCUAACGGAGAGGCUCUCACCACCCUGCCUUAUGCAGGGUGGAAGCUGAGUCCUAUGGUGGGGGCCGUGUAUGGACCAGAGCUCUACGCUGUCCCAGGGUUUCCCUACCCCUCAGCAGCAGCAGCAGCAGCCACCACAGCAGCAGCAGCAGCGUUUCGCGGGGCUCACCUCAGGGGUCGGGGUCGGCCCCUCUACAGCGCCGUGCGGGCUGCUGUGCCUCAGCCUGCCAUCCCUGCCUACCCCGGUGUGGUGUAUCAGGAUGGGUUUUACGGAGCCGCAGACUUGUAUGGAGGCUACCCUGCUGCUGCGGCCGCCGCUGCCGCCUAUCGCUACGCCCAGCCCGCAGCAGUAACUGGAGCGACUGCUGCAGCCGCCGCCUACAGCGACAGUUACGGCCGGGUGUACACUACAGAUCCCUACCACGCUUUAGCUCCAGCUGCUGCUGCUUAUGGAGUGGGAGCCAUGGCCAGUUUAUAUCGGGCCGGAUACAGUAGGUUUGCUCCUUACUAAAACCACAAAUCACACCCACGGAAUUUCCCAUCGCUCCAAAACCCUUUUCCCAGCUCUUUGUCUGGCAGGAGCUCCCCUCCAUUUCUCUGCAGGCGGACUAUAGUGACAAGUCACAGGGUUUUUGUUUCUCUUGUUUUGUUUCUUUGUUAUUGUGGCGAGACAGGUCAUUGCCACAUCAUCAGCUCGAACUGUUUCUUUUCUCUGUCGCUGACAUGGACACUGCCAGGAGUGUCUCCCACAUAAAAAGCCGGAGCUAACUACGCUGAACUACGGGGCACAAAUUAGGACGUUCUUUAGAAACACUAUGAGACCCGGAGGGAGAGAAACUACUGUUCCUGUGUGAUCCUGCACAGUGCAACCCUUUGAACUUACAGUACACCCACUGCCCCGUACGGCCUCACGUUUCCAUUCAACGCCAAGUAUAUGGUUCCUCUACAUGUGUCUUUGGACCAGAUGACAGACCUGCCACAGCACAGCAUCAAUAAGAUAAAGUAGUCCUACUUUUAAACACUAAACACUUGGUGCAAAGCUAAAGACACAUCCCUCUGGUUUAGCAUCAUGGUAUAAGAAGGAAAUCAUGAAUCAAACUCUGGUUGUGUGAUACAGACAGAGGAUUUGUGAGUAAAACUGAACAUUGAGUCGGAGCCGACCUGGGAGCGUCUGGCUGACAGAGCCCGCUACAACUGUAAACAACCUGACAUGGGAGGAAGUCCAGCGUUUGCCAACACAACCCCGCUGUAAGAGGAAACAGAAAGUUAGAAAAAAGGUUCCAGAACAAGUGUGAAAUCGACAAGGAAAACAAAAAGCGACUUUGUUUUUUCUGCAUUACCUCAGUUUGUCGUUUUGCUGCCAUUGAGGAGAAGCUGCAUAGACUUGUCAUUAUAUAUAACGUGGACACGUUGACAUCGUUAUUUUCAGUGACACAGCCAUGAAUCUGUCCUUAUUGCUGGUCUGCACAUAUUCCAUUUAGUACCAUGGGUGCAACACUACACUUUCACUGCAG